UUCACACCACAAUUUUAUUUCAAAUCUUCUUUCAAACUUUCACUCUCUGUUCUUCACCAUUCUCUCUCCAAUCAACUUUUUUCUGCAAACCACAAUCACUCCCCUGUUCAAGAAACCUCAAGAUUCCGCCAUUAUCAAAAAGUUUUGUUCUUUCUUAUCUUGUUUUUACAUUCCUUACGCCAAGAUUCAAAACCCACAAACCUUUCAUAAAACCCAAGUCACGUAUCAAGAAUUUAGCGCAUAAAGUUGGCUUCUUUUUUCAUCUUCAAGAUUACAUCUUUUUAUUCAAGAUUUUUGAACAAGAAUGAAGCUAAUGGAUGAAGAUGAAACCCCAUCAACUCCUGGUAAAUUCAAAAUAGAUAAUAAUAAAUCCAUAUACAUUCAUCAUAGAUUCAGAUUUCUACAUUACAAAUCUUUAGCCAAACUUACAUUCUGGUCCUUUGUUUUCUUGGGCUUAAUCUUGGUUUUUUUCUUCAAUUCCCAAUCAUCAUCAUCACAAAUUGUAGAUCUUUCUAGAAGAUCUUUAAAAACAAGUACAUGGGGUGGACCCAUAUGGGAAAAACGGGUCAAAUCAUCAGCCCGGAUCCGAACCCGUAAUGGGAUAUCCGUAUUAGUCACAGGUGCAGCCGGGUUUGUAGGGACACAUGUCAGUAUGGCCUUAAAACGGCGUGGUGAUGGUGUUUUAGGUCUUGAUAAUUUUAAUGACUAUUAUGAUCCGUCGCUAAAAAGAGCUAGACAGUCUUUGUUAGAUAAAAGUGGGAUUUAUAUAGUUGAAGGUGACUUAAACGAUGUCGUUUUGUUAAAAAAGUUGUUUGAAUUAGUCCCAUUUAGUCAUGUUAUGCAUUUGGCUGCACAAGCUGGUGUUAGAUAUGCUAUGCAAAACCCUAGUUCUUAUAUUCAUAGUAAUAUUGCUGGUUUUGUUAAUCUGUUAGAAAUUUGUAAAAAUGCUGACCCUCAACCUGCUAUUGUUUGGGCUUCAUCUAGUUCGGUUUACGGGUUAAAUACGAAAGUACCCUUUUCAGAAAAGGACCGGACGGAUCAGCCCGCGAGUCUUUAUGCUGCCACGAAAAAGGCAGGGGAAGAAAUCGCGCAUACUUAUAAUCAUAUAUACGGGCUGUCAUUGACAGGGUUGCGUUUUUUUACUGUUUACGGGCCGUGGGGUAGGCCGGAUAUGGCGUAUUUCUUUUUUACCCGAGACAUUUUGAAAGGGAAACCGAUUCCUAUAUUUGAAGGCCCAAAUCAUGGAACAGUGGCUAGAGAUUUUACGUAUAUUGAUGAUAUCGUAAAGGGGUGUUUAGGGGCGUUGGAUACUGCAGAAAAGAGUACUGGGAGCGGUGGGAAAAAGCGCGGGCCAGCCCAGUUACGGGUUUUUAAUUUGGGCAAUACGUCGCCUGUGCCUGUUUCCGAGCUAGUUGGGAUAUUGGAAAGGUUGUUGAAGGUUAAGGCGAAACGAAUGGUGAUGAAAAUGCCACGAAAUGGGGAUGUGCAGUUUACGCAUGCGAAUAUUAGUUUUGCGAAGAGGGAGUUUGGGUAUAAGCCGACAACGGAUCUUCAAAGCGGGUUGAAGAAAUUUGUGAGAUGGUAUGUUAGUUACUAUGGAACAGGAAAGAAGACUGAUCACUGAUAUGAUUAAAAAAGAUGGAAAUUUGUUACCUAAAAAAGACUAAAUUUUUUUGUGUUAUAAUUCUUGUUGAUUUGGAUUCUCAUAUUGAUUGUUUUUCAUGAUAUGAUGAUGGUAAUUGUUUGAUACAAACUAUAUUGAGACUACAAAAGGAAUAUAUUGUUUUAGUUCAUUA